AUGUCUGUCUUUAUGAACCAAAAUAUUACUUGUACUGCUGAAACCGAUACGGAACCCUUUUUUGGGUCGCUUGACGCCUUUGUUAAAAAGGAAGAUGACGGGCAGGUUCCAAUGGACCUGCUUGUCCAUCACGACGACCACGAUGGGCUAACGCCCAUGUUCGAUUCGGAUCCCGCUUUGUCUGCGGUUUCCGGUGAAGAAUCCAAAUGGGGGUCUCUCUUUGACGAUGAGAUUCCUAUUAAUCCUGCUGAUGUUUUCAAUUUUACUCCUCAAGCUGAGGAAGAAGUUGAAGUUGUCGUGCCAUCGCCCGCUAAGGACCGUAAUGUUUCUUUUCUACCAACUCCAAUCUUUGAAGAAGCUCCUUUGACUACACCUGCUACUAAGAAGCGUGUAGGGAAAGUGGAUCAUUUGGGAGUAGUGGCUUACAAUCGUAAGAACCGUUCUGCUCCUCUUUCUCCUGUCGUGGUAGAAUCAGAUGAUCCAGCGGCUCUCAAGAGGGCUCGCAACACAGAAGCUGCUAGAAGAUCAAGAGCUAGAAAGAUGCAGAGAAUGACCCAGUUGGAGUCUAAAGUGGAACAGUUAAUAGCUAGAAACUCAGAACUCGAACAGGAAAUUACUCGGUUAAACUCUUUACUAAGUAAAACAUGA